GACGAGAGUCAGUCUAGCCUAGUCCUGGCCAUCUCAGGCCCGGCCCUGUCAGCCCACCCAGGCCCGGCCCUAAAAUCCAGGGCCUAGGCCCGAUGGGCUUGACCGUGGGCCGGGCUUGGGCCUGAGUUUUGAGCCCACUAGCAGGGCCUGGGUGGGCUUGGGCUUAGCAUAUUGACAUUUUAAGGAAGAGGCCCAGCCCACGACCCUAAGCCCUAAGGGCUUUUCAGGGCUUUUUACCAGAUGGGCCGGGCUUGGGCUUGAAAAGUAGGCCCGGUGAUAGGGCCUGGGCCUCAGUUUUCUGCCAUGGGCUUUUUUAGGCCCGGCCCGGCCCGGCCCAUGGCCAGAUAUAGUCUAGCCAUCACUCUAAUUUUUUAUUUAUCAUGCAUCGUGAAAUACUACUAGAGGCCACGCGACGUAGGGACUGCAGGAGCAUAUGGGACAAGAAUACUAUCGUGGUGUAUAUGGGUUCAGUACUUGAGCGGUCAGUGGGUCACUAGCUAGCCAGCACGGUAGAUAACGCCAUAUCACUUGGUUGGAUGGAUCCAACAUGUCAUGUCAGUGCGCAAGUGAGCAUACUUUGGCUGUUGUGCUUUGUGACAGUGCACCGACGAUUGUAAUGUCUCUUCUCCCCAAUCUGAUAAACUAAAACUCGUGGAGGCAAUCAUACUCAUGUCACGAUCUCACUGCACUCAUUUUCUUGGUGAAUUCUCUGCAGAAUUACUCACGCCACCAUCUCACCAAUAACCCUCGUUUUCUCAAUGGACUAUGUGCAGAAUUUAUUUGGGGCCGGAACGGAGACCACGUCGACGACGACGGAGUGGGCGAUGUCGCUGCUGCUGAACCACCCGGCGGCGCUCAAAAAGGCGCAGGCCGAGAUCGACGCGUCCGUGGGCACCUCCCGGCUGGUGACCGCCGACGACGUGCCGCGGCUCGCCUACCUGCAGUGCAUCGUGAGCGAGACGCUGCGGCUGUACCCGGCGGCGCCGAUGCUGCUGCCGCACGAGUCCUCGGCGGACUGCAAGGUGGGCGGCUACAACGUGCCGAGCGGCACGAUGCUGAUGGUGAACGCGUACGCCAUCCACCGGGACCCCGCGGCGUGGGAGCGGCCGCUGGAGUUCGUCCCGGAGCGGUUCGAGGACGGGAAGGCGGAGGGGCGGUUCAUGAUCCCGUUCGGGAUGGGCCGGCGGCGGUGCCCCGGGGAGACGCUGGCGCUGCGGGCUAUCGGCAUGGUGCUGGCCACGCUGGUGCAGUGCUUCGACUGGGAGCGCGUGGACGGCGCGGAGGUGGACAUGACGGAGGGCGGCGGGCUCACCAUCCCCAAGGUCGUGCCGCUCGAGGCCGUGUGCAGGCCGCGCCCGGCCAUGCGCGACGUGCUUCAGAGCCUCUGAUGGCCGAACUUCUUGGCAUCGUGGUUUUGAUAGCCUGCUGAUGUAGUAAAUAAACUUGUGACUUUGUGUGAGCAGAGUCAGGCUAGAUAUCAUCGUAUGUAAAUUACAGGUACGUGUCAGGGUUUUGUGAGAACCAGCUAAGCUAUCUAGGUAGUUAGCUCGUGGAUCCAGGUAGUACCAAACCAGCAAUUUGUAAUUUAGUUUGUAGCAAGAAUGUUUCAUAUGGGGUAACUAUUUAUAUCA